AUCGAAAACUAUUCGAGCUCAUACGGCACCGGGAUAUCGUGUGUUAACCGAACAUAUUCCCACUUAUAAAGAGACAAUGAUAUCACAACGUUUCAAUAAAUUAAAUCCUUUUGUUACAGAAAAAACCAAAUAUUUAUUACGUGAAUCAGUGGCUUAA